AUGGAAACUGUUGCAGAGCAAAAAGAAACAGAAGAAAAAACCAGUAAUAAAAAGCAGAAUAAGUUAACCCAAGUUGUAAUCUUGGACUCAGAUGCUGUUGUUUCAUCUGCUAGUGAAAGUCAAGAAAGUAGAAGAAGAUGGUCAGCUGAGAUUCUUGAUUACAAGGUAAAGGAGCAGAAUCACAAUCACAAUCACAAUCACAUGGACAGUAACAGUACAGUUAUGGAUUUGCAUGCAACUAAAUUUGCUGGGGUUCAUAAGAGAAAAUGUGGUAAAUAUGGUGCUGCAAUUAAAGAUCCUAUUAAGAAAAAAAAGGUUUGGUUGGGUAGCUUUAAAACUGCUCAAGAGGCUUCUAAUGCUUAUUUGGUGAAGCAAUCUGAAUUUGCUGCACAACUAGAACUACUCAAGGCAAAUCAAGAUUCUACUAAAACUAAAAGUAAAUCCUCUGCUUCUGUCCAACUCAGGCAAAAAAUUCCAUCUUCACAGCUCAAAUCACAGGGUUCAAAUUCCACAAAUACAACUAAUGCUGCUGAAAGAAGCAAAACCAAUGGUAAAAAUCUCUUUAUUAGGGAGAUAAGAAAAGACUCUUUUCAGGAAAAGCAGGGUACAAGAAGAUCAUCAUCUGAUGGGUGUAAUAUUAAUACUGUAACAACAAGCAGUACUAAAGCCAAACUAAGCUUACAUGGAAUCCGAAGGCAAAAGAAUGGCAAGUAUGGUGCUGUAAUUAGAGACCCCAUUAGGCUUAAGCAAAUAUGGUUGGGCACUUUUGACACUGUUGAAGAAGCUUCAGAAGCUUAUUUCUCCUACAAGUCUGAGUUUGAUAAAUUAUGCCUGCUGGGAAAUAAGGAGAAUAAACCAAAGAGUUGUGAUCAAAUUCAGCACGAAUCGCCUGUUGGCGCAUCGUUGUCCUUAGAUACUGCUAGUGUGGGUAGAGAUAAAAGACGCAAAACAACACAUAUUGUUGGAGUUCACAAGAACAAGUGGGGGAAAUAUACAUCUGAGAUUACAAACCCCAUCACUAAGAAAAAGAUUUGGUUGGGGACUUUUGGCACUGCUGAAGAGGCUUCCCGGGCUUAUCAAUCGAAGAAACUCGAGUUUCAGAAACUAGUCAAGGCGAAGCAGAAGCAAUGCACUAAUAACCAAACUCAUUUUACUGGUGAAUCAAGUGACCAAAGGAUUGAUUCUCGCGAAAAAAGGCAAUCCGUAAGUAUGACAAGAAAUUUGUUAGGGACUAGUCUUAACACGGCUGAAGAAGCUUUCCGCGCUUAUCAUCAGUCUAAGGAAUUCGAUUUUCAGUGCUCAACGAAGUCCGGGCUGCAAAACAAUAUGCCAACUGAUUCUAGUGGAGGGGAGAAGAAACAAGAAGGUCAAGUUGAUGAAGAUUUGUGGAUGGGACAUUGGAUACAACUUCCAGGUGGUAGUGAAGUCAAAUUUUCGCUGAAACUCGGCUUACCAAUCAUUGAUAACUAUGGAUCUCUUUUAGGUGAGUUCAGAUGUUUGGAUGAUCUCAGUAUUUGUUACACUGAUGAUGAAUGUUUUGCCUAGCUUAUAGUUUGGAAGUUUUUAAAUUGCAAGAAGAUUUUUGGGUAGUUCAUAGUCUUAGGACUCUGUAGAUAGUAGUAAUAUGUAAGCUUCUUGCAACUUUUGGUCUUAGUCAAUAUGAUAACUAGUG